GUUACUUGGCAGUUUCUUUAUUUCUACAUGAAAAUCAUGAACUGCUACUUCUGCUUGUGAACACAGUUGUGAAGGAUUUACAGAGCACUAAUCUAGUAGAAGUGUGCAUGGCAUUAACCAUUGUCAGCCAGAUCUUUCCACGGGAGAUGAUUCCAGCUGUUCUUCCCCUAAUAGAAGACAAGCUCCAGCAUUCUAAGGAAAUUAUCCGAAGAAAAGCUGUUCAAGCUUUAUAUAAAUUCUAUCUCAUUGCUCCUAACCAAGUUCAACAUAUUCAUGCUAAGUUCCGGAAAGCCUUAUGUGACAGGGAUGCUGGAGUUAUGGCUGCUUCUUUGCAUAUUUAUCUUCAAAUGAUUAAGGAAAACUCAUCUGGAUACAAGGACUUGACUGGGAGUUUUGUAACCAUCCUAAAGCAGGUAGUGGGAGGAAAGCUCCCUAUUGACUUCAACUAUCACAGUGUGCCAGCACCAUGGUUACAAAUUCAGCUUUUAAGAAUAUUGGGGCUGUUAGGAAAAGAUGAUCCAAGGACAAGUGAAUUGAUGUAUGAUGUUCUAGAUGAGUCUUUAAGAAGAGCAGAGAUAAAUCAUAAUAUUACAUACGCCAUCUUGUUUGAAUGUGUCCAAACAAUUUAUACAAUUUAUCCCAAGUCUGAACUACUUGAAAAGGCUGCCAAAUGCAUUGGAAAAUUUGUUUUGUCACCCAAAAUUAAUUUGAAAUACUUAGGUUUAAAGGCUCUGACCUAUGUUAUCCAGCAGGAUCCUAAUCUGGCACUUCAGCACCAGAUGACAAUAAUUGAAUGUCUGGACCAUCCAGAUCCCAUUAUUAAAAGGGAGACUUUAGAGCUUCUCUAUAGAAUUACAAAUGGACAGAAUGUAAUUGUCAUAGUUCAGAAGAUGCUUGACUACUUAAAAGAAAGCAAAGAAGAAUACGCUGUCAUCAACUUAGCUGGCAAAAUAGCGGAACUAGCUGAGAAGUAUGCCCCUGACAAUGAGUGGUUCAUCCAAACAAUGAAUGCUGUUUUUUCAGUUGGAGGUGAUGUCGUGCAUCCUGAUAUCCCAAACAACUUUCUGAGGUUGUUGGCUGAAGGAUUUGAUGAUGGAAAAGAUGAUGACCAGCUACGGAUAUAUGCAGUACAGUCUUAUUUAGCAUUACUUGAAGAGGAGGAUGCACUGUAUCCACAAAAAUUCCUUCAAGUUAUGAGUUGGGUGUUGGGGGAAUAUUCCAGCCUUGUUGCAGAUGUUGAUCCAGAAGUUAUUUUGACAAAGCUGCACAGCCUACUAAAGAAGACUUUUGCUACUUCUGAAACUAAAGUUUGGAUAAUGGCUGCAGUCACCAAGAUAGCAUCACAUACCUCCUGUUCAAGAACAGUUGACAGACUAAUCCAAGAAUUCAGCAACUCUCUAGAUACCUGCAUGAGACAAUAUGCCUUUGAAUUGAAGCAUUUGUGUGAAGACAAAGCACUGAUGAAAAAGUUGCUUCCAUUUGAUGCUAGUUGCAAUGACAUGGUGGUAGAUGCUUCGUUAUCUUUUCUGGAUGGGUUUGUGGCUGAGGGACUGGGUCGUGGUGCAGCACCGUAUAAGCCUCAUCACCAGAGACAAGAGGAGAAACUUUCCCAAGAAAAAGCUCUGAAUUUUGAACCUUAUGGAUUGUCAUUUGCUUCAAGUGUGUCUUCCUCUGGCAUCACCGGCAGACAGUCCCCCACUGGUUUAUCUUUUGGUUCUGAUACGUCUGGUAACAGUGCUGAGACAGGGCAUAAAGAGACAAAUACUCUGAAACUUGAGGGAGUACGCAAGCUAUGGGGAAAAGAAGGCUAUCUUCCAAAGAAAGAAAACAAAGGAGGGAAAGAAAAUGAGCCACAAACUGUUUCUUGUGGCAGCUUAUUAGCAGGACAGUUGGAUGAUCCUCCUGCAUUGUGGUCUGGUCAGGUUGCCAGCCUCUCUGAGGAGGACAAAGAGAAACAGCAGUUAGCAUCAACUUUGUUUGUUGGGCUAGGAUCAAAUGCUGGUGUCAGUCUGAUGGGAAAAGCAGACACAGCUACUCAGAAUUUCAAAAGAAAAUCAAAAAUAAAUGAAACUCAAAGUAGUGAGGAGGCAUCAGACUUUCAAAGUAGUGCUGCUUCAGAUCUUGGUCCUUCACUUGAUACAGUACCUAUUCACACGGAAGACUGUGAGGGAAACACACACACAAGGUUAAGGAAAGUCUCCCUCUGUUCGUCCGAUAUUAUAGAAGAUAAUUUAGCAUUUGAAACACCUCAGUCCCUCAAAAAAUCUGGGCUGGAUGACAGACUUUCAGACAGUAGGCUGUCACAGUCGUCUUUGUUUGCUGAUAGUAAUAUUGAAAUUUUUCAGCCUUCUCGAAGUGCUCAGUGUGAAAGUGCCAGUAAAACACCAUUGGUCCCUUCCUUACCAGAAGAGCUGGAAGAGCUCGCUCACUCUGAAAUAGUGGAACUUUGUCAGAGUGAUGUCUUAGUUCUGUAUUUGUGUAAGGUGUGGACAGAUGACUCUCUGUUGCUUUCUGUUUUUGUUUCAAAUAAAACCACUUCUGCACUUAAUGCCGUGAACUUAGUGUUUGAAGAAGCAGAACAUUUUCAGAUUUUGGAGAGUCCCACCUACCAGUUUCCUGUAAUUGAAGCUCAAAGUGUGGCACGUUGCCAGAAAUGUGUGUGGAUGGACAAAAUCUGUACACAGGGAAUUCUUUCUGGCUCUGUUAAUUACCAGUCAGAGAUGGAAACUUGCCUUGAAUUUUCAAUAACUUUAUCAUUGAUGGACUUCAUCAGGCCAAUGGAAAUGACUACAGAAGACUUUGGGAAGCUGUGGUUGUCCCUUUCCAAUGAUGUGAAACAGAAUAUAAAAAUGUCAUCUUCUCAAGAUUCCCUUUCAGCAGCUCUGAAUAAACUGCAACAGAAGCUGAAACUCCAUAUAGUUGACAUUAUAGGUAAUGAGGGAAUACUGGCAUGCCAGCUACUUCCAUCUGUGCCCUGUCUGCUGCACUGUCGUACUCACUCAGGGGUGCUGGCUUUGUGGUUCAGAUCACCUUGUUCUGCUCUUCCAGAUGGUUUGCUUUAUCAGUGUCAGAAGGUGAUGGAGGAAUCCUAAUAACAAUAAGUGCCUGCCUUAAUCUAUUUGGUGUGUGAAAAGCAAAUCAAAGAUAUAUACAGUUGCACAGAUAAUUACCAAAGCUAAAUUAAGAUACUGCUUCUUGGAAGUAUUAAAAGUUAUCUUCCAGCUGGCAUAUGCUAUGUGGACUUAGGGAAGAAUGAUGACCUAAAUUACGCCUGCAAAAAUAUGCUCAGGACUGUACAGUGACUAACAAGUAAUCCAUUAAAGUGUUGUUACCUGCUUAAGUGAAAUGUAUAUUUC